CCGCUAGGAAAGCUCCUCGUAGCGAAGGCAACAACCCACAAAAGCUGAUUGCUGCACCAUCCCGAAGUGGGAGUGGCCUAGAGUGGCCACCCUAGUUGUCCUGUCAGCAUUAUCCCUGGCUAGAACAGAGACCAAUCCAACUGCGGCGAACUGUUGCCAAUCCAAAAUGGCUUCCUCCUCGCAGAUGCUGCCACACAGAGGGUUGGGAAAUCCAAUAAGCACGGUAGAGGCCCGGCCUGAGAUGAUUUCCGAACCAGAAGGGACAAACGGAACUUAUUGCAACACAGUCUUCCAAGCAGAACAGACCCAAGGUCUUCCAAUUGCAAUAGCAGGAAUCAGCAGGAGCAAAAUCGUACAGCCAUGCAGCAUCCACACCCCAGUGAUCAGCCCACUUACAUGCCGGAGGUGCCGUUCCAGCCACUGUGGGGCCAGGAGGCGCCUCCGCCGCCACCGAUAGUGCCCUAUCAAGAGCUCAUCGCUGGGUUCCCAUGCACCGAUUUGUCACUCUGGCAGCGCUCUCAGGUGGCUCCACUUGUGCCCCAACGUUCCAGCACACAUGGGCGGUCGAACGGGUCCUCGAGCUCCUCCAAGAAGACUCGUCGCCGGGUGGCCUCCAUGGCCCAGAGGAGAGCGGCCAACAUUCGGGAGCGCCGUCGCAUGUUCAACCUGAACGAGGCCUUUGACAAGCUCCGUCGCAAGGUGCCCACCUUCGCCUACGAAAAGCGACUCUCUCGCAUAGAGACGCUGCGCCUGGCCAUCACAUAUAUUGGAUUCAUGGCUGAGCUGCUCAGUGGCACUCCCUCAAACUCCCACUCCCACUCGAAGUCUCGCUCAGAUGUGUAUCCCGGGAUGAACGGACACCACCAGCCAGCCCCACCCUCGAUACAUCCCCAUCAUCUACACCCAGCGGCGGCAUAUCACCGAGACUUUGCCUCUCCCUACAGCCACAGCCUGACAUAAUGCUCCUUCAUGUGUGUGUGUGGAUCGCGGAAUAAAGAACUAUCGCGAAUAAAAGAAAGUGAA